AUGAUCUCACAACGCCCCGCCGUGAUUGAAAAAAGAUUAAUUAGAAUGAAGAUACUGGACACUUUACUCGCAGCAGUUGCGCUUGGAAAUACAAUUCGAGAGGAUGAUGGGAGCAGCCCUAACUCGAAUACGAUCAUUAUGAUAAACAUGAACGCAGCGAACGUCCAGAUGAACAUGGGGGACUUCACGGACACGGGAGCGUCUGAAGGGAUCUUCACGGAUAGCAAGUCUUGGCAAUACGUUUCUCCGAAUAAUCGAGAGAAGAUCGACGAUGUCAUGGCAAUGCCUAGCGUGCAGGCGGGAGUAGAAGUACUUGGUAAGAACAUGCCCGGUUUCAACACCUUCUACGACGCUAUGCUUGUCUCUGUGCCGGAAGAAACGACCGAGAAAAAGGGCUUUUGGCAGCGGACUCGAGAGGACUGUCCCGUCAUGUCCCGCAUUCUCUGA